AUGGCUUUGCUCGCACUCGGAUUCAUAGCAUUCGCCGCCGUGGCCUCGGUUGCUUUGGCCGCCGACGCUGACAGAGAGACGGACCUGGUUGCUAAGCUUCACAUGGCCAACACCAAUCUCGACCGCAUGGAGUUGCUGCCAGAUGAUUCCGACUGGUUCUUCGAUUUCACCAAACAGGACAAAUACACAUUUUCUCCUGGCGGUGUCAUCAAUGCCAAUGCCGCUACCUUUCCUGCCACUGUGGGACAAGGCAUGACCUUGGCCAUGCUCAACCUGGGUCCAUGCUCCAUGCUUCCACCACACUUUCACCCACGCGCAACCAACUUUGUCGUUGCCAUCAACGGCACAACUCAGACCUACAUGAUCGCCGAGAAUGGAGCACGUACUGUGACUGAGGUCCUCAAAGCGGGCCAGAUGACCAUCUUCCCAACCGCUUCAAUCCACACCAUGAUGAACGUCGGCUGUGAGAACGCACAGUUAAUCUCAGCCCUCAAUUCCGAUGACAGUGGGACCACCAACCUCGCCAAUACAUUCUUCUCCCUUCCGGCCAACAUUACCAAUACCAUCAUUGGCGGCGGGAUUAGCGCUCAAGACAUUUACGGCCGAAUUCCAACUGUCGGCACCGGUUCCAGUUUCGGCCCGGAUCAGUGCAGAGCCGCAUGCGCCAAGCAGGGGAAGAUGAUCAAGCGUGAGUGGUAG